AGGCCUCACCUGCUGAGCUCCACGAUUGGCUCGUAGGGUCCGCUCGCCCACGCCCAUUGGCCGCCCCGCCCCGCGUGUGUGCCCCCCGAUUGGCUGGGGCGGCCCGGCCCGGUAUCCGGGUAAGAUGGCCGCCGUCGGAGACUGCUCGCGGGCCGUGCUGUGGAAGUCGGUCUCCCUCACGCACGUCGAGUACCCAGCAGGUAAAACCGCCGCCCGGGCCUCCCCUUUUGGGCCGGCCGCUCCCUUUCCGGAGCCGGGCGUGGGCUCCAAGGAAGGUCCGGAGGGAGUUCGGGCCCCUUCCCUCCGAAUACAUACCAGACGGGCUGAGCAUCUCCAUUCUCUCCCUGUUCUUCUCCAGAUUUCAUUCUUGGGAGGCCUGUCGCUCAAUGAGGGUGUGAAUUGGAUAAUUAAGAAUAUUAUCCAGGAACCCCGGCCUUGUGCAGAAAUCCACCUGUCGGUUUAUUCGAAGUACGCCAUGCCUUCCAGCCAUUCUCAGUUCAUCUGGUUUUUUGCCGUCUACUCUUUCCUCUUCCUCUAUUUAAGAAUGCACCAAACCAACAAUGCCAGGUUUCUGGAUUUACUCUGGAGACACGUCCUGUCCCUCUGCCUCUUGAUCGUGGCCUUUCUGGUCUCCUACAGCCGGGUCUACCUGCUCUACCACACCUGGAGCCAGGUGGCGUACGGAGGAGCAGUGGGUAGCAUCAUGGCCGUCCUGUGGUUCGUCUUGACGCAGGAGAUCUUAACCCCGUUGUUCCCACGGAUAGCGGCCUGGCCGUUGGCUGAAUUCUUCUUAAUCCGAGAUGCUAGCCUCAUUCCAAACAUCCUAUGGUUUGAAUACACCGUCACCAGAGCAGAAGCCAGGAACCGACAACGUAAACUGGGCACCAAGCUGCAGUGAAUCCGUAAGGCUCAGGACUUGGACCGCGUCAUUCUGUCAAGCGAAGAGGGGCCAGAGCGGAGAUGAAAUGACCUGUACAGAGCUAGGAGCGAGGCCAAGGAAGCCUUUAAAGAGACGGACCAAAGGACCGGACAGGGACCACCCCCCGAAGCCCAGAGGCCUUUUCCAACGCGCUGGAUGAAACCUUGCUGCAUGUUGAGGAUUUGAACAGGAACAGGGGGGGAAAAACCCCCACAAAACCCCUCCCUUUAAUAUAUAUUAGAUGCAAAGACUUUUACUCACUUUGGAAAGGAUCUCCUGGGAAUCUCUCUUGCCCAGGUCCCCUUGAAGCACGUGGGCUUACUGGCGAGCCCGCCGGCGCUCUCGGGCAACCCACCCGUUUCAGUGGGAAUUCUGCAUGACCCGCCGGCGCCCCCUCGGCUUUAACUGUGAAUUUUAAAGUCGGGGGGCUGAGAAAAAGGGGGGGUGCUUGGAGAACUUCCCUAGUGCCUAGUCGAAGAGGCGGUGUGAGGCGGGGGGGAGGAACCCAUAUAUAGUUCUGUGACUCUUUUCUAGUGAAUUUUUUUCCCUUUUUGCAGCAUGCCAGAUAACACAAUAUUUAUUAUUAUUUUUAAAAAAAACAAUCUGUUCUUUGCAAAAAGGGGUGGGGUGAAGCGGAGGGUGUCUGUCGGAUCAUGUGUGCUGUUGCGCCGGUCACUCGUUAAAUCUCCACUCAGGAACGUUGAGCGGACUGUGGGUUUGCCUGGGGCUGAAGAGCAGGAUAUGGCCAGCGGCCUUUUUUUAAAAAUUUGUGUUAAUUUUCCAUGACUGUUCAAAGCAUCUUGGUCAAAGACCAGCUGCAGUUUGCAUCAGUUUUAAGAAAAGCUGCUUAGGAGGGGUUGCUUUUAACACCUAGUGAAUUAAUUGCACACACACAGUGGGGGCCUGGGGUAGCAGAAGGCGAGCACGGGUGUGCAUGGGUGUGUCGACACAGUGGCAGAAAUCCACAAUGUUUAACUUCGUAACCGUUUUUUUUCUUCUUCUUUCCACUUGCUCAUUCCAGAACUUGUCCCAUCUGUUUGCUUUAUAAGGAACCCCUUUGAUUUCACUUUUCCCCCCCCUUUAUCAAAUUUCAAAAUAUAUGAUCAUCGAUUCGGUCCAUUCUUCGCCACGGCCAUUUUGCUCCACUCCCUUAAUUAGCCACCUACACUACUGAAAACUUUUGUUAAAAUGCAAAAAAAAGGAAAAAAAGCUUAAAAGAACACACUGUUAAGACGUUGCUAUGUUCUUAAUGGUUUAGAAUGAUUCCCCCCCUCCCCUUUCCCACUACCCCAAACCUUUUACAUACUCAAUAAAAGAGUUUUUAUGGUCAUGUCC